UUUCCACCGAUAUCAAGCGAGGAAAGCCCAACGCUCUCAUCAUCUCUGUGAAAUCUGUCAAAGAGGACUUUUAAAGCAGAAAGUGUUUGUACAUCCACAUAAAAUAGAGUAAUACUUACUUUGCAAAUCCCUGAAAGACAUGAUGCCCUGUUUUGGAGAAGAUUAUUUCUGAUGGGACAGAUGUUGCUACUAGCACAGUCUACAUGUGAAAGUGCAGGUUGUUUGUGGCGCAUCCUCGAUAUGGAAUUUUUACUUCACAAAGUGUACAUUCUGCCUUUUACACUAACACUUUAAAAUAUAUCAAACUUUACUCCUUUUCCUGCUGUCAACUCACCUUUGGUAAAAUCCUCUUGCGCUCCUCUCGUUCUCAUCUCUCUCCCCCCUGUUUGUGUGCGCGCUGCAUAUGAGUAUCUGUAACCCCUCGCCCUCGUGCGCAGUGAAAAGGAUGGUAAAUGAAAAGGCAGGAACAUUCAGGAAACUCAAACCUAAUGACUGGACUCCACAGUGUGACAUCGCCUUUGUCAGCCUUAAAGAGAGUCUGCUGGACUGUGUGGCUCUUGCACAUCUUGACUUAAAACGUCCCCUGAUUCUGUCGACAUAUGCUUCCUUGGUGCAGUAUUGCCACAAGUACAAGCUGUUGAAAGUAAAACACGGUCCAUAGAAUUGGCAAGUAAGACCCUGCAGCUCUCAGAAGAAUUAUCAAGCUCAUCAGCUCGAGUUUUUGGUGCUGAAGUGGACUGUGUGUGACAAAUUCAGCCAUUGGCUGAAGGGCAACUCCUUUCAAAGUACGGACAGACAACAAUCUACUCACAUACAUAAUGACUAAGCCCAAAGCUGACGCCUGCGAACAUCGAUGGGUUGCAAAGCUUGCUCCUUACACAUUCAGUCUGAAGAACAUUGCAGGAACCAAGAACACAGUGGUUGAUGCUCGCAGCCGGGACCCGUUUGCUAAGAUCAUUGGGAAUAGACUUGUCCUAGAGUCCUACAGCAAUCUGUUUGUCAAUUCUGAUGGAUUUGGAGAACAUGGAAUUCAGGAUGUCUUCUGUUUAAAAGUCCAGUGCCACCAGACAAAGAGAACAAAACCGGGUGCGACUCAGUCCCGUUGUUCCCCACCUCUGUGUGACGACAUUGUGAAGGCUGUUCUUGAUUCUCAAGACCACCGGGAUACAGCUACAAAGUCCAGAGCGACAGAAUUGGUUCAGCCCAUUUAGAACCUUGUUCCAUUGGGACAGGACCUUCUACCUGCCCUCUCUGUGGAAGAGCUACUUAAAAGGCAAGAGCUUCCCCCAGGCAUCUCUAAAGUCAUGCCAGUUCUGAAUUGGCAGAGGAGGCCCUCAAGGCGAGAGAAGGACAGUCUGGACAUGAAUACCCUGGUCCUUAUCAAACAGUGGGAAAAGCGUAAGGUCACUGAUGUAGUGCUCUACACAGUCACCAAGGAUUCCAUUAGCAAACAGAAGAGGCAUCAGUUUGUGUUGCCCUAGAGCCUGAUAGAAAAGGCCUUGCAUAGUGUACCUGACUUGGCUGUACAUCAAGGGCAGGCAAGAACAAUUCACCUAUCAAGACAAUGCUUCUUUUAGCCUAGAAUGGCGCAUCAAAUUAAAGUUUAUGUCAAGUGUUGUCAGAAGAGCAUCCUGGCCAGGACACCAGAUCCUUCCACCUGAGGUCGACUUGAAAGUAUCAAGACCUCUACUCCAAUGGAACUGGUGGGUUUGGAUUACUGGAGUGCAGAAGAUAGCAAGCUGCGUUCAGUGGAUGUUCUUGUCCUGACGGGUCACUUCACAAAGUUGGCCCAUGGCAAGUAAUGGGAUAACAUCUUCUGUGUGUACGAGUUCCAGGGCACAUCCACACCGAUCAAGGAGCCAGUUUUGUGAGCUUAUUGCGGAGCUGCUUAAGCUAUUAGGAGUCUACAGCCUACCACCCCAUGGGGGAACCAAGGGACUGAGAGAUUUAACAGGACACUGGGAAAUACGCUCCGUUUGUUGUCACUGAAAGAGAAGGCCAAGUGGCCCCAGCAAGUCCAAACCCUGACAUUUGUAUACAAUGCGAAGGUGCGUGAAACAACUGGAUACGCAUCUUUUCAUCUCAUAUUUGGUCGGGUUCCAAGGCUCCUAAUUGAUGUGAUGUUCAAACAAGUCCUACACGACCCGGUGUUUGUUGUCUAUGACAGCUAUGUAACAUCGCUUAUGUCUUACCUCCAUGAAGCUCAAAGGCAUGCCAUCAAGGAGCAAGAUAAGAAAGCCGAAGGUUACAAUCGUAAGGUCAAGGGGACUUACCUGAAUGUGGGAGCCAGAGUACGCAUCGCCAACAAAGGCAAGAGGGGAAAGAAGAAACUUGUCGACACGUGGGAACCAACUGUCUAUACUGUCAUGAACAGCAACCCGCAGACUCAUACAAGUUGGAAGAUGACAAGGGGAAAACGAAGGUGGUACAUCGUAACCUUAUCCUGUAUCAGCUUCCUGCCCAUAGAGACUGCUGAUGGAGACUUGUCAGGAACUGAGGACAGUCUUGAUGCAUCAGAGGAUGAGUGUCAAAUGGAGGAUCUCGUCGACUAUUUGAAGGGGGAGAGUUCGGAGGAUAGGACAAGAGCUGUAUUGACCAGGGCGCAGGAAUCUGCCAGUAACCAGACCUGUGACGGAAUGUAUAUGGAUGAAGACCAGUCUGAUACGGAGCAAGUUAAAACAUGCUGUGAAGAGACUGGUGUGCUGCAGAGCCCUGUGUCUAAAUGCUGGUGCAUUACUUUCUGUUUAUUUCAUACAGAAAUGAAUACACCACCUGUUUCGGCUAAAGACAACCAUUAAAUUCGUUUGUCCUCUGAGCAAUACACAACACAAUACGCAACGCAGACUCGAUCCGGCCACAUGAGGAAGUUGCUAACAGCACAUUUAAGUGACAAGAAGAGAAUGGUAUGACUGACUGCAAAUAUACUUUGUGUAGGACAUUGUGUGCGCUGUACAUCACAAUGCGGUAGAUCAUCCUCUCUCAAUAUACAAUCUUUGGUCAUGCAGAGCUGAAUGCACUUCAACUCUAGACAACAACAUAACACAAUAAAGUCCAGUUUUACUUUAAACAUAAUCUGAUCUGAAAUGUACUGUCAACAUAACGUUAACAUUAAAUUAUACUGACGUCACUAUUGUUGGUUUUACCUGAAUGAAAUAGAUGUGAAACGCUGCCAGGUGCCACCCCGCCAAGACCAAGUAAGUGACAGCCGUAAACAUCAAUCAUUUUUUUCGGGCCGGUAAAAAAAAAUGUAUUACAUAAACUUUGUAAUUGUUUAAAAUAUAGACAAUUGUCAAACAAAUGUGUUCGGUUAAACCAACAAUGAUAACAUAAGCUAGCCAGUGGUGUUCUUGUUAUAUUUUUUGCUUAGA